AUGAGAGGGGUUGCCUUAUUUUUGUCGGUGCUAUUGUGCGCCACUUGCCACUCUGCCCUGUCCCUCAUCGAUGGUUAUUUGGAGAAUGGGAAUUUUGAGGAGGCCCCUAAGCCAUCAGACAUCAGGGGCACAGAAGUGAUAGGGCGCUAUGCCAUACCAAAAUGGGAAAUUUCUGGGUUUGUUGAGUACAUUAAGUCAGGCCAGAAGCAAGGGGACAUGUUGCUGGUUGUGCCUGAGGGGGCCUAUGCAGUUAGGCUUGGAAAUGAAGCCUCAAUUAAGCAGAGGAUCAAAGUGACCAAGGGCCUAUACUAUUCUAUCACUUUUAGUGCAGCCAGGACCUGUGCUCAAGAGGAGCGUUUGAACAUCUCUGUGGCACCAGACUCUGGGGUGCUGCCAAUACAGACGGUGUAUAGCAGCAAUGGCUGGGAUUCUUAUGCCUGGGCAUUUCAAUCUGACUAUGAGCAAAUUGAGCUUGUUCUGCAUAACCCUGGUGUCGAGGAGGAUCCAGCUUGCGGCCCUCUCAUCGAUGCGAUUGCCAUUCGAACUCUGUACCCUCCUCGAGCAACCAACAAGAACUUGUUGAAAAAUGCCGGUUUCGAAGAAGGGCCAUACGUGUUCCCAAACGCAUCCUGGGGAGUCCUAAUCCCACCAAACAUAGAAGACGACCACUCUCCAUUACCAGGCUGGAUGGUGGAGUCUCUGAAAGCAGUGAAGUACAUAGACUCAAACCAUUUCUCAGUGCCAGAGGGCAAAAGAGCAGUUGAGCUUGUAGCAGGAAAAGAAAGCGCCAUAGCCCAAGUUGCCAGAACCAUCCCCGGCAAGACCUACGUGCUCUCAUUCUCCGUGGGAGACGCAAGCAACUCCUGUGAGGGCUCCAUGAUCGUGGAGGCAUUUGCAGGCAGAGACACAGUCAAAGUGCCCUACGAGUCCAAGGGCAAAGGAGGGUUCAAGAGAGCGGUGCUCAAAUUCGUGGCUGUUUCUACCAGGACACGUGUCAUGUUCCUGAGCACGUAUUACACCAUGAGGAGCGAUGACUUCUCUUCUCUGUGUGGACCUGUGCUUGAUGAUGUGAAGUUGUUGAGCCUCAAAAACCCUAGACAAUGA